AUGAAGCCAUUUUCACUUUUAUUUCUGCUUCCGCUGAUUGCCAACGCCGACCUGUACGCACAUGCCGUGUCGGAGGCGCGCAAGCUGCUGGAUGCCAGCAUAAUUCCGAACGUCACGAUACGAGAGUGCUCGUGCGAUGAGCAGUCGGAAUGUCUGACCGAAAUGAAGAUGCAGAUGCUGAUCUGCGCUGAUAAUUGUUGGGGACAGAUUCAGCAUACCUUCAAGCAGCCGGAUGACAUGAAACAAUGUGUGUUGAAUAAGAGUGUUGACGCGGGGACGGCAUUGGAUUGUGUGGAGAGGAAUGUGGAGUCGUAAGUCUUAAUAUAUGUACCAGGGAAGUGGUAGAAGUGCGAGGCUCAGAUUUUACUAAUAUAAAAAAAAAUUGCGGACUUAUAAUGCCCGUGUGUAAUAUAAAUUCCGCAAAAUUUUAGCUCGCUCUUUGUAUGAGCGGACGAGAGAUUCAACUAAAUUUGUCAACGAGAGAUUGCACGAAAUGCGGAGAGGCGGAGAGAAGAAUUUUUUUAGCCAUAUCUUUGCAAAUUUUGCAGAAAAAAUUUUUUUUUGUAGAGAUGACUCCUGCAGUACAUUCGACCAAAAAAAUCUUGGUUGUUUCUGCAAAGCCCGAGCUAGGAACCUGGUAUAUACCUUUUAAAAAUGUCUUUAAUCCUGAGCGUUGCCCUUCAUACAAUGACGGAUCUGAUAAAUGGCAAAAAACGUACUAUUUUGCAUCCGGGAAGUAUCAAAAAUGUAGCAAAAUACCUCUCUCUUCAAGCUAAAAAACUCGGAUUUCAAAAACACGCACGCUCUUUUUGUGAGGGACCCUUCAAAAGGGAGGUUUUUUAGUUGGAAAGGGAGGUAUUUUUCUACUUUUUUGAUACUUCCCGGAUGCAAAAUAGCACGGUUUUUGCCACUGCAUCAUGUCCGUCACUCUGCCUUUUGAACAGGUUUUUUUUUGGUUUUUUUAAAAUCCCACUUUCAGAUGUCUCCGAGAAAAGUCCGAAAUAGAAGUCCCAAAACACGACAUCGAGAAGGGAAUCAACUUAAUCAUGGCCUACGUCAAGAAGAGCACCGCAAAGAUGUCCAAGUCGCUGUCCACUCCGAUUCAACGACUCAUUAAAACAGCUGAAACUUUCACAACGUGUUUAAAGACCUGCUUUGUCGCUAAAAACAAGCCAACGGGUUUCUGUUUCGAUCGAAAGCAAUGCCAGCCAAAAAUCGAUGACAAGAAGGUGAGAAGCGCCCUGAAGAGUUGCAUGGGGCGUUACGAUUGGAAGCAGGAGGCGGGGGAAAUGUGCGAAUGCACUGCGAACGCCGGAGUAUCGUAAGUCGGAUUUACGUCGUAAAAAAUUCUGCAAUAUUUUGUUUGUUGUUUUCCUUUUCAUGUGAUUUGCUUUCAGGGAAGUUGCGCAAUUCUGCAGGGUCUUCAAACUUAUGGGUACCCGUGAACGUCAUGGUUAG